AGGCUUCUAUAGUGAGGGAAUAUCGUAACAUCCAUGGAUGUUGGUGUGGAAGUGAUAUUUUAAUUUAUUUUGCAAACAAGACAGUGGAUGAAGAAUGUUAUUCAUUUACUUUAACCGUCCAUGGCAGAUAACACAAUGAGCAGUCCACUAAUACACCACACUAAUAGGAUUGUGAGGAGCGAUUUAGUCCUCCGAGGCUCCAUUCACAUCUUCAGUCACAGCCAGGUGAGCCUGAGGGACAGACAUGAAGGACCCACAGCUCCCAGCCAUCAAAGCCCGCCUGUGGCCGAAGCAGAAAGGGGGCAAAAAAUCCAAAGAUGAAGCUCCAACUGUUGAAAAGUCACCCAAGAAGACCCCAGCCUCCCCCGCCGUAUCUGCCAUCCCACAGCUGACCGAAGAGGAGAGAAUGAGGCAGACACCGUUUGAGAGGGUCGUCUACGACAUGGCCCACAACGAGAGGAUGGUCAAUGACCUGAUGCUCGGGCGAAGAGUUGGCUUCUACGAGCUGCGUGGAGAGGUCGGGCAGGGGAAUUUCUCCACGGUCAGGUUGGGCAUCCACGCCUUGACGAAAGAGAGAGUCGCUGUCAAAAUCAUGGACAAGAUGCGUCUGGAUAAGAGGAGCCAGCCGCUGAUGUCCUCAGAGAUCAGCUGCAUGGAGAAGCUGUGCCAUCCCAACAUAGUGCGUCUGUACGAGGUGAUGGAGACCAGCAGGAAGCUGUAUCUGGUGAUGGAGUACGGCAGCAGUGGGGACCUGUUCUCCCGAAUCACCACCAGGGGGAAACUGAACGACCUGGAAACCAAGCUGGUGUUUGCACAAAUCAUCUCUGCUGUAAAACACAUGCAUGACAACAACAUUGUCCACAGAGACCUGAAGGCAGAGAACAUCUUCUAUACUACCAGCUACUGCAUCAAGGUGGGAGAUUUCGGCUUCAGCACAGAGACCGGCCCCAAUGAGCUCCUCACAAACUUCUGUGGCUCCCCACCAUACGCUGCUCCCGAACUGUUUAAGGACAAAGGUUACGUUGGACGCUACUCAGACACCUGGGCUUUAGGUAUUCUCUUGUACUUCAUGGUGACGGCCACCAUGCCCUUCUACGGGGAGAACAUGGGGAGGCUGAAGCGCUGCAUCCUUCAGGGGGCCUACAGUAUUCCUGCAUAUGUGCCCGAUGCGUGCCAGCUGGUCAUUAAGGGUAUGCUGCGGCCUGUGCCUAUCGAUCGCUCGACUCUAACGCAGAUUACAAACAGUAUGUGGCUGAAGGGGAUUGAGUAUCCUGGUCCAUAUGCCAUGCUGCCCCUGUCACCGGCCCACUUUGCCCAGGAGGACCAGGCUCUGUGUGUGGAGGAGCAGGAGGUGAAGAGCUUGCUGUCAGAUCUGGGUGUUGUGGCAGUCCAUUUCCAAAACAAUCCCUGCAAAGACUGUAGGAGCCCUUUGACUGGGACCUACCGGAUCCUUCUCCAUCGGGUCCAGAAGAGGAGGUCAGUGGAGGCUGUUGGUUAUUCAGCGCUUAACCCUGAAGAGUACGAGAGUCCAAAGCCGUGGUCUGUGACACCUGUGGCCAAACAAACUCCUACAGCUGUCUGUGUUCUGCUGUAAAGAGAAAUAACUGGAGUGGACUUGCUUUAGUUGUUGCACUUUAUCACAUACACAUGUGUCCAUGCAUGCUGAUACUCCUUCAGUCACUUCAGGCUCCUGUACUCGCUGAGGCGUUAUGUUACAUGUUGAGAAAUACUCAA